CAGAGUGGCUGGGACUGGAGAAAAAUAUCUGCUCUGCUAGCGUUAGCGUCCAGCGAGCUAACGGUAGGUAGCACUGUAGUAAACAUGGAGCUGUCUGCCGUCGGGGAGAGGGUGUUCGCCGCCGAGUCUAUCAUUAAACGGAGGAUAAGGAAGGGUCGCAUUGAGUACCUAGUGAAAUGGAAGGGCUGGUCUCCCAAAUACAGCACUUGGGAGCCGGAGGAGAAUAUCUUGGACUCCCGCCUGUUUGCCGCUUUCGAGCAGAGGGAGCGUGAAAGGGAGCUGUACGGGCCCAAAAAGAGAGGACCCAAACCCAAGACGUUUCUGCUCAAGGCUCAGGCUAAAGUCAAAGCCAAGUCUUAUGAGUUCAGGAGCGAUGCAGUCAGAGGGAUGCACAUCAGCUACCCAACUCCAGAGCCAGUUGUCACCCCCAGGGCCAGAGAGGGCCUGAGAGCUGUUGUUCCCACCAUCUUCCCACCCAGUACAGUCAACCGCGGUGAAAGUGCACGCAUCCGACAGCCAGAACUGAGCCCCCGUGAAUACCAGCAGCCUUCACCCCAGCAAAGCAGUCCAGAAGACCUCAUCCACAUACCCAAAAAAAGAGGGCCCAAGCCUAAGCCCCGCUUCAAGGACAGCAGCUGCGGCCCCGCUGUCUCUGAGCCCUACAAGAGGAGAGCGGAGGAACAGAUGAGCCACAGCCAACACAAACUGGCUAAGCUCCAGGGGGGUCAAGAGAUGAGGCUGGUCAAAGUGGCCCACAGACACCCAGAGAUCCAUGGUCACAGUCACAAACACCACCAUCACCACCACCACCAUCACCACCACACACACAGCCGGGGAAUCUCCGGCGGAGGCUCCUACAAACAGCUGUACUCAGAGCGCGGCCUGCACCCGCACAGGACAGACACGGACACACACAGGACUAAGGACAGCUCCAGCUACCUGGCACCUGUGCACUUCAAGCACCAGUCCAAACUGAGCCAGAGUCUGAGUCGCCCCGCUGAGCUUCCACAGAUGGAAAAGCCGUACUUCUUGGACAGGCCGUCCCCGACCAGGCUCGACGACGACUUGGACGAAGUGACAUGGAGGCCGUCUAUCGGGGACGUGGAAAAGGUCAUGGUGACGGACGUGACCACCAACUUCCUGACCGUCACCAUCAAGGAGAGCAGCACUUCAAAAGGCUUCUUCAAAGACAAAAGAUGAUUGACUGACGUCUUUCUGCCACACUUUGUUUCUUUAUCAGUCAUUCAGAUGCUCGUAGGACAUCGUGUGAUUAUUAAGCCAAGCAGGUUUUGUAUGUAAUGUUUAAAAUCAAAUUACAUAAUGUGCAUAUGUGUAAAUAGUAUAAAGUGGGACAUCUGUUUAAUGUAUUGACCAAAUCAAAUGAAGUCCAUUUCACAUCCUGCA